AUGGUAAUAGUAACGAGAUCACAUCACCCAGUUAACACUAGCGGCAGCUUGUAUAACUCAGAGAAAUUUGGUAACCUACUGGCAACGCAACACCAAAAGGAAAAUGAUCAGAGAACUGGGAAUAGUCAUCAACAACUAAAUAUAGCAAGCCCACCGGAUAGAAGAAUGGCAACGAGA